GGCAGCGCUGCGACUCGAGCAGGCAGUUCAGCUUGCAGAGAAAGAGGCUGACACGCUUCGCGUGAUGCUAAAGGAAAAGGAGAGCAGCUGCAACCAAAUCACAGCUGAGCUGGAGCAGCAACUCGGGCACUGGGCCCAGGAGCUGGGAGCAGAGUGCCAGCACCUACACCUCUUAGUGGAGCAGAGCGGAGCCAUGCAAAGUUCUGUGCAGCUACCUCCCAGUUCUACAGUAGCUGAAGCUCUUACUAACCUGAGAACACUAAGAGAACAGUUGAAGCACGUGAUUAUCCAUCUACACCAGAAGCUCCAUUCACAGAAACAAACCACUGAGCAGCUGAGCAAAGACAAGUUCAAAUCAUUUCAGGAGCGAGAACUGAGCAUCCAGAGGCAGCAGCUGAGGAUGGAGAGAGACCAAGCCUUGGACUCUCUAAAGGAGCGUCUCAUUCAGGAGCACAUUGAGGAGUUAAGCAGUCUGAACUGGGCUCACGUGUAUGGUGGAGGAGCUGAGGGAGGAGGAGCGGCAGCAUCUCUUCGCAAACAGCUGAAGGCCAAAGACCUGGAGCUCAGGCAGGUUCAGAGGAGCAUGGGUCAGUGGAAGGAGCAGACUGCAGCUCGCCUGGCAUGCAAGUUUGAAGAGGAGUUCACAGCUGAACUGGAAAGAAAAACAUCAAAGACUCGAGAGAAGAGGCAGAGAAAGUCAGAGAGGCCCGAAGGAGAGAUGACGCUUAGUGCAAAGGAAGCUCAGAAUUCAGUUUGCUCUCCCUCCCUCCUUGUUGCUGCCUCCCACAGCCCCUCAGAUGUGGCUUCAUUUAAGCUUCUGCGUUACCUCCAGAGCAAAGUCAAGCAGCUUCGUGUAGAAAACCAGGCCCACCCCUGGAGCCUGUCGCCUUCAAAUACAAUCCCUUUCGAUCUGUCAGAAACCUGUCUUACAACAAUCACUCAAGGUCAAGACAUUGCUGGGAUUCAGAGCCACUCUUCCAUCGGGACAGUCUCAAGUACAUGAAACCUUUACUCCGUGUGUCUGUUACACACACCAGUAACAUAAUGUUCUCUGAGUCUUCAGCAUUUCAAGCUUUUUUUGUGGCCACAGAAAUGAAUCAUUUACUGUCACAUGUGUGUAAGAUAGCAGCUUAACAAGCAGGUCACAAUGACAAAUGACACAACCGAAGAUUUGGUCAUUAAGUUCACAUUCCUCUGUGUGAAGGCAGUCAAAUUUUAUGGCUUAAGGUUACAGUGAACUGUGAGUAACUGAUGAGCUGACACUUUACCGCAGAUCAUGUGACUUAUGUCAGAGAACCUCAUAAAGCUGACAGUUCUGUGGGAAUCCCUCGUAUACUCUAAAAAAUGUGACAUUAUAUGAAAUUGCACAUUAAAAAAUCUAUUUCUGACAAGUUAAAAAAGAUCAUUAGCAUUUAGUAUGUCUUUAUGUAUCUUUAAUCAGCUCUGUGAAUUUGUAAUCUUAAUAUAAAAAGAGCUCUGCUGGGACCGAUGCUGGGUUUGGUUUUCCUUGCAUUACACAUGCAGUAUGUUAUUGAGUGAGUUAUGCUUCUGUUCCCAAGGUGUUUAAGCAGGCUGGAGUUGUUGCAUUGUCAGUUCUUCUAGUAUGAAAAAUAUUAAAAGGGAGACUAUAAGACCUAUUAAUACCAAUUUAUUUAACAAGUAUUUCCCUAUUUAAGUAAACAUAAUGGUAAGCAUCAGUCUUGGAUCAGGACUGACCUUAGCUU